GUUUUGUUCUUUGCGCCGGCACAGAUUGCUGGGGUUUCCUUCGGGCUGGUGAUAAAUCGGUGCCUUGCUUCCUGGCUGAUUGUUUUGCUGCUGCUGCUGGUGCUGUCUUACUCUGCGUGGAAGUGCAUUCGGCAGUACAAGCGCAUUGUGCGCGAGCGGCGGCAGGAGAGAGCAGCAGCAGCAGCAGCAGCUGCUGCUGCAGCAGCAGAGGAGCAGCAGCAGCAGCAGAGGCAGCAGCAGCUUGCAAAUGACUCAGCAGAACAAGUUGUCCUCUCUGACACAACCAGCGGGGCCUGGGCGCAUGCAGAGGAACACGAGCUGCAGCAGCAAGAGCAGCAAGAGCAGCAAGAGCAACAGCAGCAGCAGCAGCACCAGCAGCAGCAGCAGCAGCAAGAGCACGAACAGAAACAGCAAGAAAAGAAGCCACUCGUGCAGCAGCAAGACCGGCGGCAAGAGCAGCAGCAAGACCGGCGGCAAGAGCAGCAGCAAGAACAGCAGCGAGAGCAGCAGCAAGAGCAGGACGAAGCCUCACCUAAGUCUGAUCACCAGCUGCAGCAGCAGCAGCAGCAGCAGCGAGAAGCAGCCAGUUCUGGUGUCCUGGCCCAGCUGUCGACCACUUCUGCGCUGCAGGAGUCAACAGAAAUAGAGAAGGCAGCAGCAGCUCCUGCUGCUGUUUCCGCUGCUGCUGCUGCUGCUGCUGCUGCUGAAGAGCUUAGAUCUAAGGAGACACAAAGUGAGACAGAAGAAAAACAAAUGGAGGCAGAAAAGGAGACAGAAGAAGAGAUGAAGACUUGCUGGCAAAUAUGCCCCUUAUCCAAGUGGCUGCUGCUGCUGUUUUUGUGGCUGGCGGACGUGGGCCUCGCUGUCAUUAGGGGCAACAAGUACUCCAGGAUGCACAUUGUGCCUUUUUGCGGGUGGGAGUACUGGCUGCUGUAUGUGUGCGGCGCGCUGCUGCUGCUGCUUGCUGCUGCUUACCAAGGCUGCAUGCUGGUGUUAAGAGACAAAAAAGGAGCAGCAGCAAAUGGACCCCACAUCAAAGGAGACAUUAUUUUCACCAAGAGAAUAGCCCUCAGGUUCUACCUCCAAAGCAUCUCCGCCGGCAUUGUCGGAGGCAUUGUGGGGAUCGGAGGCUCGAUGGUGAUGGGCCCUUUGAUGCUUUCGCGGGGAAUGCUGCCAGCUGUAGUGACAGCUGUCAACACUGCUGCAGUGCUCAGCAGCAGCAGCAGCGCAGCAGCAAAAACUCUAAUCAGCGGCACUGUCCCCUGGGACUACUGUCUCCUUUUCUUUUGUCUCUGCUUCGCCGCCGCCCUCGCCGGCAAGUUCCUCGUCGACAAAGUC